AGAAAGGCUAAAAGGAAGAAACUUGAGAGAGGAAGAUCAUGAUCCUAGCCGUGUUGUUCGCCAACUCCGUUGGAAAUGUUUUGAUCGAAAGGUUCAAUGGAGUACCAGCUGAGGAACGGCUCCACUGGCGAUCUUUCUUGGUCAAGUUGGGAGCAGAUAAUCUCAAAGGCGUUAAAAAUGAGGAGCUUCUCGUUGCUUGCCACAAGUCGGUUUAUAUCGUGUACACAAUGCUAGGGGAUGUUAGCAUCUUCCUUGUUGGCAAAGACGAGUACGAUGAACUUGCUUUGGCAGAAACCAUAUAUAUCAUAACAGCGGCUGUGAAAGACGUAUGCGGAAAGCCUCCAACCGAGCGAGUGUUUUUGGAUAAAUAUGGAAGGAUUUGCUUGUGUCUUGAUGAAAUCGUUUGGAACGGACUUCUGGAGAACACCGACAAAGACAGGAUCAAGCGACUCAUCAGAUUGAAACCUCCUUCUGAAGUUUGAUUUGCUCCAACCACACCACACAUUCUUCUUUUACUCAUUUUAUGACCUUUCUCAUUCUCCACCGAUUGUUGUUUGUUGAAUCACUUCUCUCUAUCAAAUAUUCAACUACCAACUACUGCUGUUGUUCGAUCAGUCCAUUUUGUAGUGUGUGUUUUUUUUAUCCUUCAUUUUGUAGUGUUACAUAAUAAAGAACAAAUUCCUAU